AGCCAAAGUUUUGCUCAUGCAACCACCACAUUACCAUAUAUCGAUGAUGACCUCGAACAGCAUCAGUCUGAAAAUUCGGACGCGAAGUCGCCUCUCGAUAUAAGUCGUUCAGUUGAGAGAUCACUUGAAUGGGCGCCACCGAAACCAGCUAGAAGCUAUACGUUCGAAGUGCCCAAACAAAUUGAGAAGUCAACAAGCGAAGGAGAAUUUAUUGGUGCAUCUAAUGUCACGGCAACACACAAUUCAUCGCACCUAAACAGUAGUCUUUGGAAAGAUGAUUUGAAGAAACCGAAGACCCUUGAUAAUUUUCCUCGUAAAAAAUGUGCAAUUGUUCGUCCUGGAAUUAUUCUGAGUUCAACUUCCAAACCUACAGCGGAAUUAUCAACGUCGCUACCAUUUUCGUCGACAUGUGAACAGACUCUCCAACUGAACAACAUUUCAAGGUCCAUCUCCAACCCAUCGCAUGUCAGCUGUCGUCUGGCACCUCAAGUGACUGACAUCCAAGAAGAAACCACUCAUGAUGCAGUUCAAACGCCGCAAUUCUCUUAUGUCUCUAGAGUUCAUGGUGUAUCCCACAAGAAGUCUCCAAAAACAAAUUUAGAAGAUAAUCUAAAGCUACGUGCCUCUGGGCGAGGAGUAGCCUCAUUAAAAUCGGAUCAUGAUAUCGAUGAAAUAACUGAUGCACCAUCGUCAAAUGUUGAACACAAUCGUGAUCAGUCAACGCAUAGUAUUGAUUCAGGAUGUUUUGUGUAUAGUAGUUCUCGUAAGAGUUCAGUUGAUAACUCUGAAUCCUUAUCGUCCUGUUCAUCAAUCACGCUGGCUACAGCCAAGCCCAAGUCCCCUGCGGUCACCACUGAAUCCCAAGAAUGGUCAUCAUAUCUGGUCAUUCCUAGUGAUCAUAGUGAUACCGACACUUCAAAUGAUCAACAUUCUACUGAUGAAAACGCAAAACGACGUAAUAGUCUUGUGGUUCGAACACAAACGGGUCUUCGAGUUAAGACGGUUAUCGAUAAAUUGCUCAAUUCCAGUGGUCGCGAUCAGCGAAGGGCUUUAUUUUCGCUGAAACAAAUAUUUCAGGAUGAUAAAGAUUUGGUGCAUGAAUUUGUACAAAACGGUGGUCUCAAUUGUAUGAUCAAGUUGGGUCGUAUGGCGGAUCAGAACCAUCAGAAUUAUAUUUUGCGAGCCUUAGGUCAAGUGAUGCUUUACGUUGACGGUAUGAACGGUAUCAUUGCGCAUAUUGAAACUAUUCAAUGGCUCUACGAAUUACUCGAUUCUCCGGUGGGUACAUUUUGA